AUUCUCCAAGGACUAAGGUAUAUCCACGAGCAAGUGGAUAUUUGCUACGGGAAUCUGACAUGUUCAGAUAUUCUUAUUAAUGAACAAGGCGAGGUGCGAAUUGCGGGCAUUGGGAACAGCAUACUCCAGAAGCCCGAUCCUCUAGGUAAAGCUAAGGAUAUCCAGGCUGUCUGCCACAUAGCCCGCAAACUUCUCAGAGUCGAGGAAGCUGUCGAUGUGCGCGGCACUGCUGGGCUUCUGGCCCAAGAUUUUGCCGGUGCUCCCCCAGCAACGACAGCGAAAGGUCUUCUUCAGAGGUUAGCGCAACUCAAUGGUGCCUUCGCCCGCUUCAUAUCCUCUGCAAGAUUGCCCGAGAAAGGAAAUAUGAAGUAG